AGUAUCAGGAGGAAGUUGUCCGUCUACAGAGGCUGCUCGACAUUGUUCUUCAACCUGAGCCUGAUAUAACGUUAAAGCUACACAGAGCAGGAAAAUGCCGCGGCCCCUAUAUCUGAUGUGUGGAGCCAUUUCACUGCAGCUAAUGUAGAAGGAAAAGCUGUGUACAUUUGCAAAUAUUGUGACAAAUCAUAUGUGAAGAAUGCAACAAAGAUGCAGAAUCAUCUGGCCAAGUGCAUAAAGUUCCCUCAGCGCUCACAACAAGCAACCUCUGACAAAAGUCCCUCUUCUUCUAUUCAAGACCUCCAACAGCGUACUCUCUCUGUAUCUGAAGAGGAGGUUCCCUCUGAGCAGCAGGAGUGGAGCCCCAGUCUGGGACCGGAGGACACAGAGCCCAUACAGAUUAAAGAGGAAGAGGAGGAACUCAGGACCACUCAGGAGGAAGAGCAGAUUCAUGGGUUUGAGACUGAUACUAAAGACUCCAUAUUCACUGCUGGCUGUGUGAAAAAUGACUGUGAUGAGGACCCAACUCAUCCCUCACGUCUCUAUCAAGCCCAAAAGGAAGAAAAUGGCAAGAGAGACCCUACAACUGAACUGAUCACAACACAACCUGAUGGAGAGGACUACAUAGAAUCAGAACCAAUCAGUGUCUCCCAGCCCCUCUCUGCAGUAAAUCCAGAUGCAGCUCAGAGUGAAAACAUUGAAAGUGUAGGUGGUAUGGAGACUGGAGGACCUCUGUCAGGUUUUAAGCCAGUCAUAUCAAAGGGAUCAGAGAUGGCAAAAGGACAAAGGUCCCUUAUCAAUACUAAGGGUAAGACAUCGACACAAUUCUCCCUCCUGAAAUCACCCAGUCAAAGUCAUGCUACUUCCUAUUGUUGUUCCUGCCCUGUUUGUGGUACAUGCUUCAACCAGAAUGAAGAUCUGAAAAGACACAUGAGGAGCCACACAGGAGAGAAUCCAUAUUAUUGUCAUGAUUGUGGCAAAACAUUCAUUCGGAGUGGACAUCUAAAAAUACAUAUGCGGAUUCACACAGGGGAGAAACCUUUUAAUUGUCGUCAUUGUGGCCAAGGAUUCAACCAGAAUGGAAAUCUAAAAAGACACAUGAGGAUUCACACAGGAGAGAAACCUUAUCACUGUCAUUUUUGUGGCAAAGGAUUCUGCAACAGCAGUAAUCUGAAAAAACACAUACGGAUUCACACAGGUGCAGGGUUUGGGUCAAUUCCAAUUUAGUUAGAAAUUCCAAUUAAAUUCUUGAAUUCACUCAAGAAGUGGAGAAUUUACAUUGAAUUCAAUUCAAAUUUCAACAAUCUUUAAGUUAUGGAAUUGGAAUUAGACUGAGUUGGAAUUGUAAAAACAUUUAAUCUUUGGAAUUGAAUGAAAAUGUAUAGAAUUUUUCUAUUGCAGGAUUUGUUUUAAAUCAUUUCAACUUGUAAUUAUAUAUUUACACUAUAGCUAAGCACUCUGAACAGUGACAUGAUCAGCCAGAAAGAAGCCUGAAUGAAUUUAAUUCGAAUUGGAAUUUGUGGAAUUGGGGAUAAUUUUGAAUUGGGAAUUGAGUUCCUGGAAUUUACCUAACAUUGGAAUUGGGAGGAAUUUAAUUACUGAUCUGGAAUUUGAAUUUACAGGGAGAGGGAAUUGAAUUAGAACUGAAUUUGUGGAAUUAACCCCAAACCUGUACGGGGGGAGAGAAGCCAUUUCACUGCCCUGAUUGUGUCAAAACACUAAUGUUACAACUCGAUCAACAAAUUAAUUCACACAGAGGAUAAAUGACUGUUACUGCCCUAACUGUGGCACAGGCUUCAAUCCGAUUGACCAUAUAAAGACCAUCAAAUGCUUUUUCGGCAUUAGUCUAUAAUGCGAAUAGCAACUGCUAACAAAUGUACGUUUACACUGUGUACUGCUACUAGUAGUAGGGUACAUCAAUUAAAAUCGGGUGCAGAGAUUAGACAAUGCCCUUGCAAUUAGAAGUGAAGAAAACAUUUAGGUUUUGAAGCAUGGAGAGAUUCCGGUCGUCCUCAUCUCGAGGUAGCCUAUGUAGUCAUGACACACAUGAGAAGGGACACUCAAAGCUGGUGCAUGCAGUCAGACUUCAUUUCUGUCAAUUGACCAAGUUCAAGAAACCUCGCAGAUGCGUCUGAAAAUGUUCACGGUCCUCUCUUCAACUUGAAUUUUAAAAUAAUUUGAUUACCAUAUUACACGCGCAAUGACUGUUCCAUGCAGUUUGAUAACAAUUAUGAGUUUGGUGUACCACACGGAAUCGAGGUGUUCACCAACUUCUUACUAUACUGUUGAAUUUGGCGAUACCCUGGUAUUUUCAUCGAUAGUGAAGAAUCUCAGAAGAGGCGCACAGCUUCUGAAUUAUUACCAAGAGGCAGCUCUGAAAUGCAGCCGAAACUGUUGCCUUACGAGACAUUGUAAGUUUACUGUAUUUGUUCAGUUUUGCAUUUCAUCUGCACUGCCAACACUGGAGAGCUGCAUCCUCAGCCACAAAUACUUUAUCCUGUACAACAUCACGAAAGGUAAGCCUCCAUACGAUACAAUUUAGACACUGGAACUAAGUUGUAGGCUACUUUAGUGGUGAUUGUUUCUAUAAUAAAACAAGACAAACUGAUUUUUAUUUCUGCUAAUAAAACAUUUAAAAAGCUUAAUCAUGUACUAAUUGAAAACCAUUUAUAAACUGUUAUAGUUUACAUUGAGUGAUUGAGAUGUAGCCUAUAGGCUUCAGUGAGAUGACCCAUCACCUGCUACACAGUUUGACUGUGGGGUUAGUUUUAUUGUCUCAUUCUGGUGUUUCCAGACCUGUUGGUGUUUGGGAAGUACUCCACCUCCACACCAAAUUCAAUGCCUCAGAGCCCCUGGCCUCAGACAAGCGCCAGUUCAACUGACCACCACCCCGUAGCCCUGGUUAGAAGCAGGGCAGGAUGCCCAGCACCACCAUCGCACCCCAGAGCUCUACUCGGGGCACGAUUCAUCACAUCCACCCCCUCCUCCACCGUAAUGCCCACCUUGGGGACCUAUGCCUCCACCACAGCUUCCCCCUACAUCAUCCAGGAACCAUUAGUGGUGUAGAUAGUCCAACUUAUUUUCAUGCAACUGUAUCGCUAACUAUAUUUGUGUUCUUGGAGAUGAGCUGCAUAGAGAAUGAAUUGAAGCACGUGUCAAAACUGUAAAAUCAAAUUUGCUGUGAGGAUUGUGGUUACUGUUGUGAGGUAAUAGCUUGAGACUUGGAGUAACUGCUGAUGCAUUUGAGGUCACUUUCCUCAAUAUUUAAAUUUUAUUUAAAAAAAUGGCACAUUGUUGAAUGUGUCCUUUCAGUAGGGUGCUUCUCUUUCUCUCCCUGAGCCAGAGGGGGUUGGUCAAAUAUUUCACAACAGACAGUUACAGGUAUCAAAUGCUGUGUGGUGAAAUCAGAGGUUGGUCUCUUAACAUUGCACCGGUCAACAUCAGGGUGUAGAAAUUAAAUUCUGGUCUUUGUACUACACUACCUUUAACUACACUGUCCCACAAUUAGACGUGAAGUGAUAACGCUGCAAAACUGUUCAAGUGGUGAGGUGGCUAUGCUUAAAACACAGCCAGUUGCUUAAACUAUGCUUAACACAACCAUGUGAUGUCUUCCUGAGCCCAAGAGGGGGGUUUAGGUGUCCCGAAUAUUGAGUGGAUUUACGCUGCUACUGUUGACUCACCUGUUGAACAUAAAGUUAGGGAGUCAGCCAGAGCCUCCCUACUUCUGGACCUAGAGAGGUUCCACUGGCCAAUGGAAAAUUGAACACUCGUGAUGUGGGCUUUGUAGUCUGGUCCGACUGGCUGGACCUCAAAGACCUGUGGAACCGGACUGGAGUGGAGCUCAGGUGGACACGGACUGAUAUACAAACUGAGCCAGUGACUUCCUCUGAUGCAGUUGUGGUAGAUUGCGGUGUUGAUGUGGAGGCUUCUGUCACCCAUGAUGGAACAUCUCAUCCUACAUCCAGGACGACACUCCUUGGUCUCAGACGGAUGCAGCUACUGCAACACUGGACUGGCCUGAGACUGCAGGGGAAACUCACUGCUCUGGACUGUGCUAAUCACCGUCUCCCAUUCCAUGUACCAGAAUUCUGCCAUUGGCGAGGACAUUCUCACCUUUACUGUUAAGGCUGCAAGUUCUACCAACAAAAUAUAAUCUAGCAUUCUGGUACCCUGCAAACCAUGAGCAAUUUUGUAUUCUACAUGAGUCAAAUGUAAUGGAGUCCAUUGUUGUUGUGAAGGGCUGCUGUUCAUAAAAGUACUUAUACAUUGCUAGA